AAUAAAAUGUCAAAAGUGUCAUGAAACUCUUGGAAGAAUGAUUAAAAUUUGUUUGUAGAUGGCAAAAGCUUUUUGAGAAAAGUUAAGCUUAAAGAGCAUCUAAGGCUCAAAAAAAGUGAAUUACUCAAAACAUUUUAUGUAUAAUAUAUUGUAAAUUAGCCUUUAAUAUAAUCAGAAAUGUAUAAUGGUAUAGGUCUCGCGACCCCCAGGGGUUCAGGAACGAAUGGACACGUACAGCGAAAUUGGGCCUUAGUUAGACCUAAAGAUAGAGAUAAAACAUACAAAAAUGAGCAAGAACUAGCUACCUUAGAUACUGCUUCAAAUAAACAACCUAACAAGGAGAUUCUGGACCAUGAAAGAAAAAGAAAAAUCGAGUUGAAGUGUGCUGAAUUUGGAGAAUUGCUUGAAGAGCAAGGAUUUGGUGAAGAAACUAUAGCAAACAAGGUGAACAACUACAGGAAUAUGUUGAUGGGACAAGGAGCCAAAUUGGAAAAACCAGUUGAUGAAUGGGGAAGGCCAAGUGUUACAGAAACCCACCAAGUCGCCGAAGCGCAACAGGAAAAGAACGCCCGCUUACGAGAAGCUUUCGGAAUCUCCGAAUACUUCGUAGACGGCAGCAGUUUCGACCCUGACCGCCAGGCGAAGGAAAAGAUAGCGAAAAGCGUCGCCAUACAAGAGAAAGAGAGACAAAAGGCGUUGGACCGCGAAAAACAGAGAGACGCAGACAGAACGCAGGCGCAGAGAUACCAGUUAGUGCACACGCCUACUCCGGAAAGGGAAGAAGAUAACGAUGAUGACGAAGAGAAAGACAAAGAAAAAGAAAAGAGUGUGAAAAAGAAGAAGAAAAAGUCGAGAGAAAGUCCGCCCAGCGAAGACACAAAAAAGAAAAAGAAGAGAAAAAGCAAAAAGAAAGAAAGAUCUGGUAAAUCGAAAGAGAAGAAAAAGAAAAAGAAAUCCAAGCAAGAUGAUUCGUCUGCUGAGUCGGCAUCCGAAGACGACACAGACGACGAUUCUAGUAGCGAAGAUGACAGAAAAAAGAAGAAGAGCAGAAAAAAGGAGGACAUAGCCCCCACGCCAAGUGAGGGUACUAUCCGAUUUUACUCGCCUGACGUGAAACGAUCUAAAAAAGAAUCCAGACAUGACAGAUCUCACAGUAGAAAUCGGAAAACAGAGCCCACUGAGAGAUACUCAAACACGAAACGAGAUAAGUCACUAUCUCCUAAAUCCUCGAAAAAAUCAAAAUCUAGAAGACAAUCUCCAGAUGCAGAAAAAUCAAACAAGCACGAAGAAACAUCGCGAAAGUCGAGAUCAACAGAAAAAAGAAGAAGGUCUAGAUCUGCGGAAAAAAGAAGACGAUCCAGAUCUUUGUCGAGAUCGAUAGAGAGACGUCCUUCACCUGUGGUAUCAAAGAAAAAAUCUAGAUCUGUAGAAAGGAGAAGGAAGUCGAGAUCAAAGUCUUACGAAUCUAAAAGGAAAUCCAAACGAUCUAGAUCGAGAUCCUACGACUCUAAGCACAAGUCCAAACGAUCCAGAUCUAGGUCUAAACGCAUCGAGAGGUCUAGAAGUAGGUCUACUUCUGUUACUAGAACACGAAAAUCCAGAUCAGAUUCUACAGAUAAAUACCGUAAACGAAAAUCUAGUGUUGAAUCUGUAGACAAACGAAAAAGAAAGGACAGGUCCGAAUCCGCAGAGAUUAGUAGAAAAAGAAAUUAUUCUGUAGAAAAAGACAAGAAAACAAGGCACAGGUCUAAAGAUAGAAAAGAUGCGAAUAGAUCAGACUCCGAAGAUGACGAUUUAGCAAAGAAACGAAUGCAAAGAUAUGAAAAAGAAUAUGAAGAGCUAUCUAAAAAAUUGAAAUCAGAAUCAUUAGAUUUUAAAGAGAAACUAAAAAGGGAUAAGAUAGUCUCUAAAGAUUUAGAAAGAAGACGAGACAGAUCGGUUUCUAAAGAAAAACGCAUUAAAUCUGAUUCAAGAGAAAUGAGAAAGGAGAGAUCACACUCUAAAGAUAGAAGAAAAGGUAGAUCAGACUCAAAGGAAAUUAGAAAGGACGGAUCAGCAUCUAAAGACAAUAAAAGACGAAAUAAAUCUGUAUCUGUGGAAAGUUACUCAAAAAAAUCUCGAUCCAAAACUCGUAGAUCACCUUCCGAGGAAAAGAUAGAAAAAACGUCAAGAAAAUCUAGGAGAUCUACGUCUGAUCCGCGAAGUAGCAGAUCACGCUCAAUAGAACCCAAGAAAUUAAAAAAGACUGACAAAUACGGCAAGAGAAGUUCGUCCAGUUCGAGAAGCAGAUCGCCCAAGGUUAGUAGAAGUAGAAAAAGUCCUAGUCCGAAAAAACGUAGCCCGUCGCCUAAAUAUAGACAUUCCCCAAAAAUAUCUAAAGACUACAAAAACGAAAUACGACUGAAACAACAGAUACUAGCUUUAUUAAAUCCAGAUAGAGCCAAAGAAUUUAAAAAUGAGGAACCUAAAAAAGUUUUGAACGAUGACAGACCCGCAUAUUCUAAAUCAGAUAAACAGAAGUCUAGAAGUCGUACAAGAGAAAGAAGCGAAGAAAAGAAACCAAAACGUAAUGAACCUCCUAAAAAGAGAUCUCCAUCUCCGAAAAAUACCUUUAAGCAGUCUUCUACUCCGGAAAUGGUGAAGGAAAAACCCAAGAAAAAACCCGUCGACAAGAAAUCUAAAAAACCGCAACCGGUCGUACGACUAAGAGCCUCUUCAAGCGAAGGCGAUCCCUCCAAUAGCGAACCAGAAAAAGAAGAAGAGGUGGACGAUAAAGAAAUACGAAUUCUGCGAUUAUUGAAAUCCGAUUUAGCAGCUAAGGCUAAGGAGAGCCUGGAGAGGAAAAAAGAAAAACCGCCGAGUCCCAAACCGAUCGUUAAGAGGCACAUAGAACCAGACUUCUUCGAUAUUAAAGUGUUGCCAUUGAGGAACGGUAAUAAAGAAAGUUCCCCUCCGAUAAACAAAGACGAAUUUGAUAUUAAAAGAACGCGAGUCGAAAGCAAAUCUAGGUCGAGAAGUAAGAGUUCGUUGUCUAGGGAAAGGAAGACCAAGUCCAAAUCGAGGUCUAGAAGUUCUUCGAGGUCGACAAGAAGUUCCAAAGGUAGAAGGAGCAGAUCGUCGUCUUCAGAAUCGAGUAAAUCACGUUCAAGAUCGAGGUCUUAUUCUAGGUCGAGAAGUAGGUCUAGUUCGUCCAGCGUAUCAUCAUCUAGUUCUGCUACUACAAGGUCUAGAUCUCCUUCUAUUCCUAGGAGACAUGGAUCUCCUAGUUUUUUAGAUAGAAGGAGGAUAACAAGUGCAAGAAAACGACCUAUACCAUAUACAAGAGCCUCGCCAACAUCUCCAUCAUCGGUAAGCAGCUGUAGCAGUAGGAGUCCCUUCGAUAGACUAAGAUCGACCAGUAGAUCUCUCAGCAGAAGAUCAUCCAGAUCGAAAACAAGAUCGGUAUCGCCUGAGGUAAGGGCUUCGAAAUCGCCCUAGCAGUUAAUAGAACAUUUUGAAGGGGUCGUUAAGGAAGUGCAAUAAUUUAUUUUUCUGAUACUCGUAUGAUAUUCAAAAGGGUGCAUUUUUGGGGAUGAACAAUAUUCAUUUUUAUAGAAAAUCGUAAUUUAUCUACAAUACAAAAAUAAAGGGGAAAAAUAGAGAAUGUGACACAGAAAACGUCCAGACCUUGUGUCAGAUCGGUAGUUCUGAUUUUUUUACUGAGAUGUUUUUGAUGUUGAUUCAAUGAAUUAACCAAAUUUUCGGUCAUGAGCGCCGGACGCAACUUUGUCAAAAAUAAAAACUCAAUUUUCUGCCUUCCUUCAGUUUUUGGCGAUUUUAACCCAGAAUUACUAGUUUUCGAUCGUAACUACCCUGCACGCCUUCAAAGUAGUUUAAAUUUGCUGCAAUUUAAGCCCAGAACCGUCGCUGUAG